AAUAGCUGAUAGGUUCCGCUUGUGUAGAAACAGCAAAUGACUUCAGAGGAAAAGAGUCACUAUGAGGAAAUACUGAAGACUAUAAGAGGACUUUGACAGUUGAGAGAGUGAGAACAGGAAAUAGAAUCAGACAGAGACACGGAGGCGAGAUGGAUGAAUGUAGAUGGAUUAAAGUGUUUUUUUUGCUGAUACCAGUGCUUCAGUUCACAGCAGUAACAGGACAAGAUUCUUACAUCACAGUCAGAGAUGGAGAUGAAGUCACUUUGCCUUGUGGAAAUGUGAUAAAUGAUCAGGAUAAAUGUGACAGUACUACCUGGCUCUUCAGUGGUUUAGGAAGCAAAACAGUAGAAGUGCUGAUUGAACUUGGGCAGAUUGGUGAAAAUACCAAAGCUAAAUCAGACAGACUGAGUGUUACAGCAAACUGUUCUCUGGUUAUAAAGAAGGUCACAGUUGAGGAUGUUGGUGAUUACACCUGCAGAGAGUUCAAAUCAGGACAACUAAAAUAUCAAGACUCUCAAGUUUUUCUGUCUGUCGUUACCAUGACUGAACAUAAGGACACUGAUGAGGUGACGUUAAACUGCUCUGUGUUGAAACGUGGACAGUGUAGACACACAGUGAAGUGGCUGUUUGAGGGUAAAGAUGUAGAUAAAGACAACAAAGACUUGAAGACAUCACAGUCUGACUGCUUUGCCAAUUUGACCUCAACGAUUUCUUAUUUUACUUACAUAUCAAAGAAUUAUGUGUCCUUAAAGUGUAACGUGACAGAUCCCUACACUGGAAAAGUGCAGCUGUUUACCUUCAGUACUCAGUCUUCAGGUGAGAAAGCAGAUUGGUGGUGGUACAUCAUUGUGGUUGUGGGUUUAGCAGCGCUCUUGAUAACUGUGGUGGCACUCAUCAGAUGGAGGAAAGCUGAAGCAAACGAAACCAAGAUGGAUGACAACAUUGUGCUUACCUCAAUCCCUGCAGUGACUGAGUCUGCUCCAGAAACCAGUCAGGUCACGGCUGAUCCUGAAGACGGUGUUUCCUACGCCUCCGUCAGCUACACCAAGAAGACCAACAGUGAAGCCCAGGUUCAGGGUAAACAUAAUGAAGAUCAUGUGACCUACAGCACUGUGAAAUAUUCCUCCUCUUCUGCUGGAACCUCCAAUGACCCCAGAAACGUCUACGCUAACGUCAAUAAACUGAACAAAUAGGAGACCAGUUACAGUACAUGUCAUUACACUUACUGUAUGAUACAUAUUUUACAUCAACUGAUUGGUUAAAGCUUACUGUGUAAUAACUAUUGUUUACUUCUGUGGGGAAUUUAUCUAUGUAAUCCAUACGUUAUGUAUUUACAGUAUGCAGAGUUGUAUGCACAUUUGUGCCUGGUUUUUAUUUUACUUGUAUUUUAAUGUUAUUGUCUUAAAUUUCCGUUUGAACAUGUCAGAGAGACUGCUUUGUGAGUUUUUCAUUUCAUUUUCAGG